AUGCCCACCCUGCUGACUGAAUCUUUAGAAGAUGUAAAGAUUACUGCUAAUGCUGAUUAUGAUAUAUCUGUUUGUAACAAGAAAUCCUCACAUACCUGGACAUUUACACUACAUUGCAAAGCACCUAUACAACUUAGUCGAGUAGCUCUUUUGUACGAUAUCCAUCACAAUCAUUUCCAUAUCUCGGCCGUAUCUUGUGGUGAUAGCAAACGACAGACGCAACAAGAAAUUAGUCCUAACUCUCAAGAAUGGGUAGCUUCAAGGAACAACAAUAACAACUUCAAGAGCAAUGAGCGCAUUUACCGAGUAAAGCUUUCCUUCGCUACGGAAAUCUUCGGCACGUUUCGCCAGUCCAUAGUCUUUGAUUUCGGUAGUGAGCCUGUACUCAUGAAGAGGGUCAGCAUUGAUGUUGUUUCACCAAGUGACCAAAAGCAGCUCGAUGAGGCACGCGAUACGCUGAUUUGUACAUCCGAGAGGUGGGACCGUAGCAAUAGAAACAUCAUAGAUUUUGAGCCCCCACUCAUGGAGUCAACUGACAGAGAUAAAGGGUUGUUAUCUUUCUACAUACUGCCAACUACACCUGAUAAGCUCUUUAAGCAUUCUGUACUCGAUAAGGCUUUAACCAAAAAUAAUUACAGACAGCGGAUGCAUGAUUUACUUAACAUUGAAGAGAUGGCACAAUUCAAGGACAUCAGUAGGUUCAAUGUAAAGGCAACGUUGCAGCUUGUCCCUAGUUUUCUCUUGCUACCUGGUCGAAUGCAAGGUGCUAAGUAUUCGGUCAAUGGAGAAUUAUUUGCCCAGAUGCGGUUGAAUGAUGACCUAUCGGAACAGACUCCAGGUGGACGACUAAUUCUGAAUAGCUGCAGCACUGCAUUGUUCUCACUUGUGUCUUACAAGAAGACCACGGAUACUGUGUACGAGUUAGCUGUGGAAGAGAAGGGCAAAGGAUUCAUCUUUCUCAAGGUCUCCAAGAACUGUGUAGACGAAUUGAAAUUAUCUAAAGAUACUGAGAUAAGAGCAGAAGUUCAGUUUCAACUUAACAGGCUUCCGUUAUGUGAAAUGCAUUAUGCUGUAGAUAAAGUACCUGAUUUAGAUAUGUUAUUUCCAAAAGUGAGUUCCCCUCCCCACAUUCCAUGGACUCCACACAGACAGUGGAGUGAACAGCUAGACACUCGACUCAAUCCUAAACAAAAAGAAGCUGUGAUAGCAAUGACAACACCUCUGAAUAUUCAUCUGCCGCCCAUUCUGGUUAUUGGACCAUUUGGUACUGGUAAAACUUUCACCAUAGCUCAGGCAUCUAAACUUAUCUUGCAGCAACCCAAUGCUCGAAUCCUCAUCUGUACUCAUUCCAACAGCGCUGCUGACUUAUACAUCAAAGAAUAUUUACAUUCCUAUGUUGAAUCAGGCCAUGACAUAGCCAAGCCUUUGAGAAUCUAUUUUAAAGACCGCUGGGUUAGCACUGUCCAUCCUAUUGUACAGCGAUACUGCCUUAUCAAGGAUCGUUCAUUUCAACAACCUACAAGGGAAGACGUGUUGAACCAUCGUGUUAUUGUCGCCACUCUCAGUACUUCUCGUAACCUUAGUCAUCUAGGCUUAGAACCAGGUUUCUUCACUCACAUAUUGCUGGAUGAAGCUGCCCAAGCCAUGGAAUGUGAGACCAUCAUGCCCUUAGCACUGGCUACUAAGAACACCAGAAUCGUACUGGCAGGAGAUCACAUGCAGCUGAGCCCGGAGGUCCAUUCUGACUUUGCCAGAGAUCGUGGUUUGCAUGUAUCCCUGCUUGAGAGGCUGUUUGAGCAUUACCCUGAUGAACAUCCAUGUAGAAUCUUAUUGUGUGAGAAUUAUCGAUCUCAUGAUGCAAUUGUUGAUUUCACUUCCAAAUUAUUUUAUGAAGACAAGUUGAUAGCCAGUGGUAAACAACCACCCCAUAAGGAUUACUUUCCGCUUACUUUCUUUACUGCCAGAGGUGAAGAUAUUCAAGAUAAAAACAGUACUACCUUUUAUAAUAAUGCAGAGGUGUUUGAAGUUGUGGAAAGAGUAGAGGAACUUUACAAGAAUUGGCCAAUGGAGUGGGGCAAGAAUGACACAAAUAAUAUCGGUGUGGUCACUCCAUAUGCUGACCAGGUGUUCAGGAUAAGAUCUGAGUUGAGAAGAAAAAGACUGAAUGGUGUGAAUGUUGAAAGAGUGCUUAAUGUCCAGGGUAAACAAUUUCGAGCUCUUUUCAUCAGUACCGUACGCACAAGAAAUACUUGUAAAACACAACAGAAUAAAAAAAUUACCAAAGCUCACAACUCCGAGGAAGAAAUGGAUCUGGGAUUUUUGUCCAAUGCUAAGUUAUUAAACACUGCCAUAACCAGAGCCCAGUCUUUAGUUGCCGUCAUUGGUGAUCCUGUUUCAUUAUGUUCUGUCGGUAAAUGCAGAAAACUCUGGGAGAAGUUUAUUGAAAUCUGUAGUGAAAACAAGAGUCUGAUGGGUAUGACCUACUCCACAAUCAGAUCUCAGCUUGAUGGUGUUGAACUGAAGAAAACAUAUACACUGAAUCCACUAGCUCCUGAAUUCAUUCCGAGGGCCUUGAGAGCUCAGAUGGUCGGCAUGCCUUUCAUACAAGGAUCAGGAGCUGUACCUGUAACAGCAAUUCCAGAUGCCACUAGAGGUCAUGCAUUUCAGUCUGCAGCCAAUCAACAACUACCCAGUAGUCCAUUGGUGGGAAGUCCUAGUAGACCUUACGGCCCUUUCCUUCCAAUGGGCAGUGGUAGUUUAGUGCGGCCGGCUAGUCCAGUGCACAGAAUAGAUCCACACACUGGUAUGAGUUAUGUCUACGUACCAAACGUGUAUAAUCCGGGUGUUCUCAUGCCUGUUCCACUGCGCAUGCUGCCAAAUGGUCAGAUGCUUCAACCGUGGAGCCUUCAAUCCUGGUCCUCUCACACCGCCUCUCCAAGCAGAGAAAACACUGGGCAAGAAAGAUCUGAGAAACCCAGGCAGGAUGCUGCAGCUGUACGUCCAGUCCCUACACACAAUAAAGAGUGUCCUCCUUUUGGAGGAUUGCUGAUGGAGGGUAAAGAUGGGGUGGCUUUAAAGAUGAAGGAGAGGCAGAUGCAGGAAGAGUACAAAUACUUAAAGCGUACAAGAGGAGAAGAAUAUGCUAAUAUGUUUUUGUCAUCACAAAAUAGGUUGGGUGGCACAUUUGGUAGAUUUGACAAUCGUUUUAUUCCACAUGCUCUGUUUUCACCAAGACAACAAGGUCCUCAUUCACAUCAACAACAACAACAACAACAGCAGCAGCAGCAGCAACAACAACAACAACAGAGAGUUACUCAAGGAUUUGGGGAUCAGCAGAAUUAUCAGCAACCACAGCAGUGGUUAGAACAGCAACAGCAGCUACAACAACAAAGAAUGGCAGCCAUGAAUAUAGCAGUGGAGGGGCACGGUGGAGCUCUAUCUAGAGCUGCGGACAGCUCAGACACUGCAAGACAUCAAGAGAAUGCCCAGAGACAAGGGACAUUGGGUAAUAUGCAAAAUUAUGUCAGUAAUACCAAUGCAAGUCAAGAUGGAAUAUCCAGUGGUGGUAACAAUGUCACCCGGCCAAUGGAGACUUGGACUCAAUCUAAUGAUGACCAAAGUGUAAUGGAUAUGGUUGGGCGAAUGCCACAGAUUAAAAGCAUUACAGCGGUUGGCCAUCGUAAUCAGUGCCGAGAAGUAGCUCAACAAGCAUAUGGUGAGAAAUGGAGUGAGGUAAGUCGUAGCGGUGAUGACUGGAACAAUGGAUGGAAUGAUAGUGGUUUGCAAUGGGGGAACUCAGGUGAGAUGCGUUCACAGCGUCAGCCAACAAACAUGGGACCAGUGGACAUGUCAGCAUCAUUGUCAAAACUAUCUCAGGCCACAGGAAGAAGCACACCAUUGUACGAGAGACAAAGUGAAAGAAAUUCUCCAGCUUAUAGAAUGUGGCAACAACAACAACAACAACAACAACAACAGCAGCAACAACAACAACAACAAGAGCAGCGACAACAACAGUCUCAACAGCAGCCACAACAACCUGUGUACCGAUAUUCAGUGGAAAACUACCCAAAGUUGGGUAGUCGAUCUAUGUCUCCACUUUCUCAGCCACAGCAAGUGAGAAUGGGAGUACCCUCAUCUACAUCUCCAUCAUAUUCAGAAGCAAGUAGCCCAACUUCCCCAAGUCAGCAAGGACAGGUAGCUAAACAAGAUAUCAAGACGCCGUCUGGUAUGUCCUAUGCUAGUGCGUUACGUGCACCUCCAAAACCCAAACCAAAGCCAGUAGCUGAGGGUAGAGGAACUGCAUCACCGGAUCCACUGUCAUUAAUUAAGGAUCUUAAUAUCAGAUCAAAUAAUGAUGGGUAUUAUUCAUAUUUUAAUUAA